CCGCAGCCUGUGGGCUUUUGAAUGAAGGUGUUAAGGUUUUCCACAAUGAAAGUGAUCGAGUUUGCAGUUUUGGCAGCAGUUUUGUGCAGUCCCAUUCACGGUGAUACUUCCAGUCUUGAGGACGUUUCUGAUUUUGAAGACAACUUACUUUUGAUUUAUAGGCCCGAAAUUCCUACAGCUGAUCCACAUUUGUCAGCUGAAGUCGACAAAGUAUUCAGCCAUAGUCAUUUUACGAUUACGGAAAAUGGUACCUGUAAUGAAAACAUCCCUUGUGGUUAUGCAACUUUCGCAACUGCAGCAACAUUUCAACAAAUCUUUCUCAAGAGCAACUGUGAUUGCCCAGAAGGAAUGAAGUGUUUCGUAAAUGCUCGUCAAACUACGGCAUACGUAUACCGUUGCUCUCAGUUUCGAAAUGAAACGGAUCCUAUCCUCAACCAGGUUGAGGUGCCUCUUGAGUUUCCUGUGGAGAAUAGCACCCGAAUUCUUCGGAGCGCUUCAAUGUUCGAGAACAAGGGAUGAGGAUUAAUGCUGACUGCUGAAAAACCUCUACUCUAGUACUGAUUUACAAUUUCAUUUGAGCAUUUCAAGUCGGUUUUAAGGGCAACUUAAAAUAUAACAUUUUACUUUGAAUAAACAACUUAAUUGGUA